GGUAUUAUUAUUAUUAUUAUUUUCUGAAAAAAUUUUAGCCCUCUAACGUUAGAUUUUGCGAGCUUGUCUUUUAGAGACGGGACAAACAAUUACAGGUUCAAAUGGCUUUGUUUAAACAGGUUUAAUGUCCAGUAUUCUUUAUAAAGUCAUGAUGUUACACACUCCGGUAUAGCAGGUGGCGACAUGCACCUUUAACGUUGGUAGUCCGCAACACCAGUGAAAGGAGAAGGAGAAGAAGUAGUCAUUGUAAUGCAGAAAUGACCGACCACCCAAACAACGUGGACAUUUCGUGCUCGAAGUCCUUUGGGUCCACAGCAACGUGGUGAAAAUCAUGAUUAAAGGAAUUGAAAUAUUGCAGCAUCCGGUGUCCGUGUGCGUCCCGCAAAACUACACAGUUACUCUGAGCGUAGAGGCGGUUGGGAAGGGUUCACUUAGAUAUCAGUGGUUCCGGUCGGAAAGUGAAGAGGUUCCUGGUGCAACCGGAGCACAUUUGGUUUUCAGCGCUCAGAAGACCCAGCUUUACGUGUGCCGUAUUAAUGACCAGCACCACAACUGUGUAUUCAGUGAAUGGGUGAAAGUGAAGGUUUUGCACAUUGGAACACCUGUUGCAAGUCUGCCUGAUGUUUGGGAGGGGGAGCCUCACGUUGCCCUGCAGCCCACAUCCCAGGCUGUCUGUCGAGGGGAGAAAGUGGUGCUGAGGUGUGCAGCCUGGGGGAUCCCCGCCCCCUACUAUCAAUGGUAUAGAAAUGGAAAUCUGCUGCAGGAUGAGAUCAAAGAGACACUGCAGAUUGAAAAUGCAGAUAGAGAACGUGAAGGGGCAUACCUCUGUGCAGUCUCAAAUGUUCUGGGAGAGAGGUGGUCAGAGCCAGCAGAUGUUAGAAUAGUGUUUCCUGAUGAACCCACAGUAACAGGACUCACUGCGACAGACAAAGUGGCGCUGCUGAUUGGGAAUCUGAAUUACUCCCACCACCCGGCCCUCACGGCCCCGAUGAUGGACGCACAAGAGCUGGGCAACCUCCUGCAGCAGCUGGGCUUCAGGGUGGUCUCCCUGCUGGACCUUACGAGGGCCGAGAUGCUGGCCGCCAUCGAAGAGUUCGUGAAGCUCCUGCACAAGGGCGUCUACGCUCUGUUUUACUAUGCCGGCCACGGCUAUGAGUGCAUGGGCAGGAACUACCUGGUGGCCAUCGACGCACCGCAGCCGUAUCGGCAGGAGAACUGUGUCAGCGUGCAGUGGGUCAUGCACCGGAUGCAGGAGAGGCGGACAGCGCUGAAUGUGGUUCUCCUGGACACCUGCAGGAAAUGGUACAACCAGCAGUGUGUGCCGUCUGAAAUAAUGUCACUGGCCCCUUUGGGCAAUACCAUCUAUGGUUAUGGCACGUGUGAAGAUGCAGAGGCCUUCGAGGUGCGGGACGGUGAGAGGAGCUCCGGAAUCUUCACCAAAUACCUGAACAAGCAUGUCCUGCGCCCAGUCAAGGUCACUCACGUCCUGGAGCAGGUGUCUGAAGAUCUGGGUCGAGACCCCCUGGUCACCGGGCGGCAGGUGGUGGAGAUCAGACACACGCUGAAGGACCCACGGUCCCUUGCUGACCCCAUCAGCACUGUUGGUCACUUCAAAGAGCUGCGUCUUAGAGACUUGUGCUGGAGACAAGCCAACGAGUUGCCAGAGCGACAGAGGCUGGCAUUUCCAUGUGGUGUGGAGGUGGAGCUCAGCUUCUCGGCCUUGUUCUCCAACGUCAUUGUCAUCUUUGCCACUGUGAAGACCACCAGCCCCUGCACCUUGGACUGCAGUAUCAUUCUGCGGAGUUAUCCGGUAAUGGAGGAUGUUUUUUCAGGUGCAGGCAGAUCAGAUGAAAUGGACUCUCUUUUGCUGAGCAGCGCGGAUAACCCUGACUGCAUGCUUAGACUCUGUGGUCUCCAGAAACUCCAGGAGUCCUUGGUGAUCGAGGUGGACUUGCACUACACCCACGCUGACAGUAAGCUACGGCAGAUGGAGAGCAGGCGGCAGGACAUUGGCAGGCCGCUGGUGGCAUACUGUGAGCUGUACAGAAAAAAGCAGGCUGAUGGGGCCACUGAGAGAGAGAACGCCCCCCUCCUGAGCAUGCACCCAGCGCCCUACAGACAGCCCCCCCAUCAGCUGCCGGGCCCUCCGUACCGCUCCUCCACACGCAAGGCAGAGAACGCCUGGGAGUACGUCCUCAAACACCCGUCUCCGAGAAGUAACGAACCAGAGGAGAACGAUGAGAAUGAACUCAUGGGACGCUGUCUUUGAAAUUCUCUCUCCUUGUAGCAAAACUGUGCUCUGACUUUUAAAUUUUUUAUUAUUAUGAUUGCUUACCAUUGGAGAGUGACGCUUGGUAAACUGCAGAAUUGGUGGAAGUAGUCGUAUUUUGUUUUUGACUGCUCCAUACGAGUCACUGACAGAUGUAGGAACAUACCAUAUACCGCUGCCUAGAUAUAUCAUUAUAAAAUUUACAUUUGUACCUAACUUGUAUAACACUGUAUGAUUAAUUUCAUAUAGUCACAUGUGUUCACAGCUGCGCAGGUAGGAUUCUGAUGAUUUACAUGUUCUUUCACGACAGACAAAUGGAUGUUUGCUAGAUGUGAAAAGGAACUCUAUUUUUAUUAUCUGUUUUUAUAAUAAUUCUAUGGUGUAGAGUAUGUGGGGGACUGUAAUAUGGUUGCUUAAAUAUGUGUUACAUUUCAGGACCCUACCAAGUAAUUAACAGAUCAUACAGAGUAAAGGAUUUCAUCAAAGUUCCUGGUGGUCUCAAAAUCUCAUGUGGUUUAUGUUAAAGUGAGCUGUUAAUGAAAUCUGCUUCGAGAUAUUAUUGCACACAAUCAGACACCUCUUAACGGGUAGGCCUACAAGCGCAGCAAAUCAUUUGGGGUCAAAUUCAAUGAAUGGGCCCCUCUCAGCAGUCUCUAAAUCAAAGUCGAUUUUAAAUUAAGGCUUGUGUUUCAGCUUUAGUUUGUUCAAGGCUAUUCAAAGCUUUUAAGGCUGUCUAGAACCUCAUACUUAUGCAAUGUGGAUUUGACAAUGGGGCAGAAAUAGGACAUUUAAAAUACAAAAAAUAAAAUGUGGUUUAUGGUUAUUUUUUUUUUUUUUUACUGUCCACUUAAUUGCCAGUUCUCGUUGUGUUAUACGAAGCAGUGUUUCACACGCAAUUAAAAAUAUGAACAUCUAGUACGAUGUGAUUACCUGCGAUUAUACUGUCUCCUAAUCGCAAGGAUGAAUGUGCAAUUCAAAUAAGAUUUACAUGACAAAGAAUUCAGGCGGUAUCCAGUCGCACGAGACAACACGUCCCUUCAUUCUAUAACUAUAUGACAUGUAAGGUUCGGAAGUCGUUACACGGCAGAAUAUUGGUGACGUUAGCUGCGUAACUUUCCAACGUUCAAUAAAUGUCGAGAGGAAACUGGAUUCAAGUGUAUUGGCAUUGUAGACCCUACAAAACGGGUAGGAGC